AUGCAAGGAUGGAUCAAAGCACGUCCACCACUGGAAAAUACGGGAAAGCGCAUUGCUAUCAUAGGAUCUGGUCCCGCUGGCAUGGCAGCAGCAGCUCAACUAGUCAAAGUUGGUCAUACGGUCGUAGUCUAUGAGCGGAAAAAUCGCGUUGGCGGUCUUUUGAGGUAUGGAAUUCCUACAAUGAAACUGGAUAAGUAUAUCGUGGAUCGACGGGUGAAAUUGCUUGAAGAUGAAGGUGAAUGGACGAGACGCAAAAGGCAUCUGCUUUGCCAUGGAGUUCCUGGAGAAGAGCCAACGUAG